AAAAAAAAAACUAUAAUUUAAUCGCGUUAAAAAAGCAACAACAUCAAUUGAAUUUAAAUAAAUAAAUGGGAAUUGCCACAUUGACAGGUCGUGCUGCCUAGGAAUUGGCCAAUAUAUGUAUAGUCGCCCCUAAGCUGUUGUGGCUCGCUCAGUUGCCGCCGAACGCUACGUGCCCCGCAUGGCAAACGCUGAACCAUGAGCCAUGUAGCCCAACUGCAGUAGAAGGCAACGCUUGAUGAUUGGAGGCGCUACAGUCCACCCUCGCUGCGACGCACCCCGCUAAAUGAGGUGCCAGCAAAUUGUUGACGCGACUUUGUGAGUUUAUGGUGUGGUCUGGCCUGGCAAUUAAAGGAGCAAACGGAGCCAAAGGAGCAGCAGAGCUGGAGCUGGAGCUGGAGCGGGAGCUGGAGCACGUUUUAUAAUUAGAAAACAUAACGAAUUUGUAAGCAAAAUCCUGAGCUUUGCAUUCGCCUAAAAGUUUCCAAGUGAUUAAUUUCACAAUCACAACGACGGCAACGACAGCCGAACUGGGGCCAACAACAACAACAACAACAACAACGACAGUCAUUUAAGCCAAUUAAGCGACAACAACAACAACAACCGGGCCCAAGACGUAAUCACAGCAAAUGCCGCCAUGAGUUUCCUCAGCUCCAUGCAACAAUAUGUAACAAGUGGCAUAUCCAGCUUGGGCCUCGGCAAUCGGCGCUUCUCGCUGUCGCGCCAGGAGUCCGCGGAGCAGCAGGCGGGCGCAGGAGGCGUGGCUGGCGGGUCAGCAGCGCUUGGCGCACAGCAACAGUUGCUGGCACAGCAGCAGCAGCAACAGCAGCAGCUGCAGCAACAGCCACAGCAGCAACAGCAACUGCAACAGCAACAGUUGCUGCAACAGCAGCAACAUGCGCACGCACCACUACAACAACAGGCGAGCAUUGGCAGCGGCCUGGGCGGCGUCGGCGUCGGCGUCUACGGUGCGCCCACUGCGCCCAACGCGGGCGUGGCUGGCGGCGGUGCCGGCGGCAGCAAUUAUCCAGCCGGCGGCGUCGUCAUUGGCAAUCCAAAUGCCACUAAUCCAUUACUAGGGUAUCCCAAGCCACUGCCUGGUAGUGCAGCAGGUGCAGCUGCUGGCAAUUGCUCAUCCGCUGGGAAUACACCCAUCAAUUCGCGUCGUCAAUCGCGCGCCCUGGAGUGUUUGGUGCCGCCCCGCACGGGCUCGUUUCGUAGCCGGAACUCGCCGCUGCAUCAGCCGGAUCCGCCGCCGCGCCCUCCGCUCGCCUUCUGCAAGCGACGGCUCAGCUGGCCGGAGGUCGAUCCGCGCUCCAAUUCUGGCGUACAGGAAACGGAUGGGUCGUAUUUCGAGAACUUUACAUCGCUCGGCUGGAAACGUGAAAAUCGUCGCAUGUCGGCGACGCGUGCGGCCGAAUCACGUGCCGAGGCUAAUCCAGAAAAUGAACGUGAUCCGCCAGUGCCCGAGGAGUCCAUCGAGCGGCACGAUGAUAAGGAGAAGCUCUAUGUGGAGGUGCUGCACACCAUAGCCAAUACAGUGGGCGCACCUGCGCCCGGCGGGCAGUUUGCGCACUAUAAGGACGAAAUGUAUCUGCAUGCACAGCGCGCCUUUGGCGUCAAUCCGGAUCGUCAUUAUCGACUGCUGCACGCCUCCGCCGAGGAUAAACCGAAGAUAAUCGUCCUCUCUGUGGUCGUCAUUGAGGCCGAUGGUCUCGAGGCGAAGGAUGCGAAUGGCUUCUCGGAUCCGUAUUGCAUGCUGGGCAUACAGCCGGACGGCGGUCCGCCCGUGUCGCCGCUGCCGCUGCCGCCGACGCCGCGCGCCCUCUCGGCGGACAUGAGCGGUGGCUUUGAUAACAGUGCCACGGACUCUCCGCCGCAUCGCAAGCACAGCUUCCGCUUGAGCUUCAAGCGGCGCGAGGCCGGUCGACGGGAGCAGCGCGACUCGCUGGGCGGCCCGGUCCCAGCCAAGCUCAUCAAGGCGACCAGCAUCAAGCCCCACACGCUCAGCCCCAAAUGGAAUGAGAAAUUCAAAUUCGACAUCGAUGACAUCAACACGGACACCUUCCACCUGGACAUUUGGGACCACGACGACGAGAGCUGCGUCAUGGACGCCGUGUCGCGCCUGAACGAGGUGCGCGGCGUGCGCGGCCUGGGGCGCUUCUUCAAGCAGGUCUGCCAGUCGGCGCGGCAGGGCUCCCAGGAUGACUUCCUCGGCUCCGUGAAUAUACCCAUAGCUGAGAUACCCUCGACCGGGCUGGACGCCUGGUUCAAGCUGGAGGCACGCAGUCACCGCAGCACGGUGCAGGGCCGCAUUCGCCUCAAGCUGUGGCUGUCGACGCGCGAGGAUCGGGGCCAUGCGGCCGACGAGAGCAACGAGCAGCAGCUGCACAAGCUCGAGCAGCUGCAGCUGGUCUUCAUGCAGCACGAGGUGACCACGCACGAGCCCAGCUGGACCUGGAGCGGCGACCUGCCCGGGCCAGCGCUGACCAUACUCCAUCAGUUGGCGGUGCAGUCGGAGCUGACGGACCUGCAGUGCGCCAUGGCCAGAUACGUGGCCGCUGCUCGACUGAAUCGCUCAACGCCCAUGGAUCCGAAGUUUCUGCAUCGCCUGCUGACCGAUGUGGAGAAGCAGUGGAAUCAGCCCAAUCAGGAGCCGCUCACGCGCGACCUGGAGCAGUGGCUGGCGGAGGCAAUGAAUGGUUUCGUGGAGCGCUCAUUGAAUCAGAUACGACGGCAUCGGGACAUCUUUCCGGCGCUGAACCCGCCCUCGCUCAUACGCCUGGAGUUUCUGCUGCGCUGUCUGGGUCUGCUCGGCUCGAUGCGCGCCUUCCGCGCCGUCUGCCCCUUCAACAAGGGCGUGCGCGGCGAGGUGGUGAAUGCGCUGCGCAAGGGCUCCAUUAUGUGGGGGCAGAAUGUGCUGCGCGAGUCGCAGUGCCUGCCCAAUCCAUUAUCGAAUUUCGUAACGACAUUAACCGCCGACAUCCAGCUGGGCCAGACCUACUAUCAUGCGCUCUUCGACAACACAAAUGGCAUUCAGUACUUCAGCAUCAUCUACAAGCAGUACGACGCGAUGAUUGGCGAGGAGGUGUACACGCGGAUGGCUGCUGGGCAGGUGCCAGGCAUUCGCAUUAAUCUGUCGCAGUAUGCGGUGCUGGAGGGCGACGCCGAGCCGGUGGACACAAAGCCAUUCGAGCUGUUUCUAGCAUUGCAGGAAUUCUGUCAGCUGAAGCGCCACUUGUCCGCCCAGCCCCAGCCGCCCGAGAAGCCGCUGGCGUUGAGCAACAGCCAUGAGUGGUUCAUACCCACCUUCGAGCGCUGGAUGAUGGUUAGCAAGGCGAAGGCCUUGCAGCGCAUUCGUGCUGCGAUUCGCAUGGAUGCCAUAUGCGAGGGCGAGCGCAUCGUGCGCUACAGUAGCUCCUCGGUGGACACGGCCAGCACGCUGCUGAACAUUAAGGAGUUCUGGAAGGUCAUCAACUGGCCGGACGAGGACACGGCCAUCAUGCUCGAGGCGCAGCUAAUCGACGUCGUCUGCUCGGCGGCCAUGCACUACUGCGAUCUGAUACACACGACGCUGGCGGACAGCGGCUACUACGAGCAGCAGGGUCCGUUCCGGUGCUCGGACGACAUGUGCGUCACGGUCAACAAUGUGGAGUAUGUGCGUCGCACGCUCGCCGAGUUCCGGUCGGACGAACAGCCCCUGGAGGAGUCGGCCGACAAUCUGCUGGAGUCGAGCCUGACCCACAUGGAGAACCGCUGCGAGCGCAUACUCUCGAAGCUGGCGCCGCUCAUGCAGAUGUCCCUGCAGAAGGCUGUGUUCCACCUGGCCUGGUCGCCGGACUCGCUGCCCGCCAAUCAGGCCAUCGUCCCCCUGCUGGAGUACCUGGACUGUCACCUGGCCGCUCUGAACAGUGCGCUGCUCACCAAGAACUUUAACCGCUCGCUGCGCUUCAUCUGGAAGACGGUGCUGGGCGAGAUGGCGCGCCAGAUGGAGACGGGCGAUGAGACGGACAAGCCCACGCACUUCCACAAGCGCCUGUACGAGGCGCUCCAGCUGCUGGUCGACUUCUUUCACGCCGAGGGCCAGGGCCUCCUGCUGGAGUGCCUGCACACGGAGGACUUCUGGCGCAUCGAGCAGCGGCUGCAGUUCCACAAGACGGACACGGAACGCCUGAUCGACAUGUUCUACAUGAAUCGCCUGCGCGAGCAGCUCGUGGCAAUCAUGCCCGGCCCGUAUGGCUCCCUGGCCGUGCGCGCCUACUUCAAUCACGACUCGCUGUGCGUAGAGGUGCUGCACGCCCGGGACGUGGUGCCGCUCGAUCCGAAUGGCUUCAGCGAUCCCUUCGUGGUCAUCGAGCUGCUGCCGCGACGCGUCUUCCAGCACUGCAUGGAGCAGCAGACCAAUGUGCACAAGCGCACUUUGAAUCCCAUUUUCGAUGAAUGCUUCGAAUUUUCUGUUACACUGGAGCAGUGCCUGACCGAAGGCGCCAUGAUUUGCUUUACGGUCAUGGAUCACGAUGUGCUCACCGCAAACGACUUUGGCGGCGAGGCUUUCCUGGCCCUUGGCAACAUACCCGGUGUGGCGGACUACAGCACCAGCGUGGAUAACUUCCAUGGCCUGAAGCAAAUCGAGCUGCCGCUAAUGCAGCAGAAGGAUAAAUGCAAUCCGAUUUUGCAAAUACUGGAGCUGCGCGUGAACGACAAACAGGCGCAGGAUUUCGUGCGCAAACAGAAGGCACGUUUCAUCAACUGAUUCUAAGCUGGAGCCCAGACGCCAGUGAAGUGACAGUGCAAUGAAAUGUGUGCAACAGCGCUAUAAAAACAA